GGUGGGAGGAGGCGGGAAGUGCCCCAGGUUUGAAAUCGGAAAUUUGGCGCUGUUGUGAGAAUUGGGUCUGGAUAUAGGCUGGGACCUGGAGGUCGCGCUGAUUUGAGGGGAAGGCAGCUGAGCUCGGGCCUGUCAGGCAGGGCGACGAAGUGUCUUGCACAAUGGUAGAGGAUGAGCUGGCACUCUUCGAUAAAAGCAUAAAUGAAUUUGGAAAUAAGUUCAAAAACACUCUCAGUGACACUCCCUGUCAGAUGGUGGGACUGAGAGAUGCCUACAAGGACUCCAUUAAAGCCCUGGCAGAAAAGCUGUCUGUGAAGUUAAAGGAAGAAGAACGAAUGGUUGAGAUGUUUCUGGAAUAUCAAAAUCAGCUCUGCAAGCAGAAUAAGCUGAUUCAAGAAAAGAAAGAUAAUCUUUUAAAGUUGAUUGCUGAAGUAAAAGACAAAAAGCAGGAACUGGAAGUCCUAACUACAAAUAUUCAGGAUCUUAAAGAAGAAUAUUCUAGGAAGAAAGAAACUAUUUCCACUGCUAGCAAAGCUAAUGAAGAAAGGUUGAAAAGGCUGCAGAAGUCAGCAGACUUGUAUAAAGAUCGACUUGGACUAGAAAUUAGAAAGAUUUAUGGGGAUAAAUUGCAGUUCAUAUUCACUAAUAUUGACCCCAAGCAUCCUGAAACCCCAUUUAUGUUUUCCCUGCAUCUAAAUGAAGCAGGAGAUUAUGAAGUGUCAGAUAGUGCUCCUCAUCUCGAGUGCCUAGCAGAAUUCCAAGAGAAUGUAAGGAAAACCAACAAUUUUUCAGCUUUUCUUGCCAACGUUCGGAAAGCUUUUACUGCUAUGGUUUAUAAUUAAUGUAUAAAUAGUA